GUCACUUUCUGAAGAAAAAAACAAAUUCAGGAAAGGAAAAAAGAAAAUGGAAAGCCCAAAUAAAGGAAAGAAAAUGAGCUCUGAUAACAACAGUGACCCUAAGUUGCCAUCGAUCAAGAUCCACCUCCCGUCCUCCCCGCACUACUCGUCCUCCGCCGCCUCCUCUCCCACCCCCGUCACCGGUGCGCGCCGUAAGAUCGGCGUGGCCGUCGAUCUCUCCGAGGAAUCGGCAUUUUCCGUUCGUUGGACCGUCCAAAACUACCUCCGACCUGGCGAUGCUGUCAUCCUCCUGCACGUGUCACCAACGUCUGUGCUCUACGGAGCUGAUUGGGGCCCGGUUCCCCAAACCCAGCAAAGCCCGCAAACGCCGGAGACCCAGAAGCAACUGGAGGACGAUUUCGAUGCCUUCACGGCUUCCAAGGCGGCGGAUUUGGCCAAACCGUUGAAGGAAGCUGGGAUUCCCUUUAAGAUUCACAUAGUGAAGGAUCAUGAUAUGAGGGAAAGAUUGUGUCUUGAGCUGGAGAGGUUGGGUUUGAGUGCUGUUAUAAUGGGGAGCAGAGGGUAUGGAGCUGAGAUAAGAGGGAAUGAUGGGAGAUUGGGAAGUGUUACUGAUUAUUGUGUGCAUCAUUGUGUUUGCCCUGUUGUUGUUAUUAGGUAUCCUGAUGAGAAAGAUGGCGGGAAUGGUCAGCCCUCUGCAACAACCAAGGAGGUCAAGAUGGACGGAAAAGAUUCUUAGCAAGUCCAUAGUAAUUGCAGCUUUGCCUUAUCAGUAGCAGAUAGCAGAGAAGGCUAUGAGUCUCUCGCGAUUAGCCCGUAUGAAGCAUUAUAUUAAAAUGGAUCCUAGGAUUCACUCUUUCUACUUUCGUCUCCGUUUUGUUGAACUUUUUUUUAUUGGUGAUGUUUUCGCAUGAUCGUUGAGGUUCUAGAUUUCCUUUUAUGGCACCCGAGAUCAUGAUUUACUGCACCGCGACGAUAUACUAUAGGAUAAUCCCUGUGCCAACAUUUUGCAUUCAGUUUUAUGAGCUGUUAUGUUUUUGCAUUGAUGCCAUUGUCCAGGAACAAAAACAAACUUGAAAAAAUUCAUGAGCUUCACCUUGAAUUCAAGGGCAUUUUUU